UGAGAAUUGUGAUUGGGCUGUACGUGCAGUGAGAUUGAGUGGAUGUCAAAUGUUUCAAAUAAGAAGGUAAUUUAUUCAUUUGUUACUCAACUGAACAUUUACAAUCUGAUUUUGUACUAUUUUUAACUUUUUGUCUAAUCAUUGUCUUUUUAAUGACUACUUACCGUUGUACAAUUUCCAGAUUUGAUUCUGUGCAUACAUGCUCACUUGAUGUGAGACAAGGUCCCCACCGACAAGCUACCACAGAAAUUAUUGUUGAACUCAUCAAACACAGAUAUGCGGAUGCAUCUAGAAAACCUUAUGCUCCGAAAGAUAUAAUUGUUGAUUUAAAUAGAGAUUAUGGUUUGACUAUACCUUACAAGAAAGCUUGGCUUGCAAACAAGAAAGCUCAAGAAAAGUUGAUGGGUUCAGAUGAGCAAUCAUAUCAAUUGUUACCCUCCAUUGCUUAUGUUCUUAGAAAGAAACAUCCUGGUUCAUUGAUUUUGUUGAAUGUUGGGGCACAUAAUCGGUUCAAGUCUUUCUUCAUGUCGUUGGAUGCAUGGAUUCAAGGCUGGAAGCAUUGUGUUCCGGUUCUUAUAAUUGAUGGCUCAUUUAUGAAAGCGUAUUACAAGGGUACUCUAUUGACUGCAUGUGCUCAAGAUUCUAACAACAAGAUUUUCCCUUUGGCUUUUGGUGUGUGUGAUACUGAGCGAAGGAAAACAUGGACUUGGUUUUUUAUGAAACUAAAGGAGUGUCUUGCAUAUAGGGAGGACUUGUAUAUUGUUUCAUAUCGUCACGAUGGUAUUAUACAUGCAACAAAAGUGGUGUUUCCGCAUGCUGAACACGGUUACUGUGCGUACCAUAUCCUAGGAAGAAUUAGAUUAAAGUUCAAGGGGUCUACUACAGGUCUUGCAUGGAAGUUUAAUCAAUCUGCUAGGGCUGCCACUCCUACUCAAUUUGUAGAGUAUAUGGCUUUAUUAGAUGCAGAAGAUCCCCGUAUCCGUUAUUAUUUGAAUGAAAUAGGUGUUGAGAAAUGGGCUCGCUGUUUUGCUACUCGUUCUAGGUAUUCUAUAAUGACAUCUAACAAUGUCGAGUUAUUGAAUUCAGUGGACCGUGUGCCUCGUGAGUAUCCUAUAGCAAAACUGAUAGACUUCUUGCGGUGAAGGAUGCAAAAAUGGUUUUGUGAACGUCAUGAUUCUUCAUCAAGCUGUAAAACAAUUAUGUCUGCCCAUUUUGAAUCUCAACUUCGUUCUUAUCAUGCCGAGGCAGCCUUUAUGAGUGUCAAUCCUGCUAGUCAAUAUGAAUUUGAAGUGGUUGACAAAACAUCUAGAAGCUUUGUUGUUAAUUUGAAAGACAAAACAUGCUCAUGUUGUGAAUUUCAACUCGAUCACUUUAUAUGUGUACAUGGAGUUGCAGUUGUAGGUCAUCGUCGAGGUUUAUCGUGCUAUGAUUACAUCUCAAAGUUUUAUUUCACACGUGAGUGGGUUGCUGCUUAUAUAGGCGAAGUUCAC